GAGGUGAGUAUAAGAGCGGGAAAGAGAGAGAGAAACUUACCUUCACACGUACCACCUCAACACAGUCACCACCUCAGCCACCGGCAGCAGUGUCCAGUGAUGGAGUCAGCCAUUGGUGUACUCGUGUCCCAGUUCAAGGCGUUUGCUGGAAGUGAUGGAUCCUCAGACACACUGAGCAGAGAUGAGUUCCAGAGCCUGGUCAAAACACAACUCCCCAACUUCGUUAAGAACGCUGAUGACCCAGCUGUCAUCGACCGACUUAUGGACUCAAUUGACGAGAACAACGACGGAGAGCUCACCUUCCUGGAGUUCUGGCAGCUGAUUGGACGACUAGCAAAUCAACACGGCGGCUUUAUCCAAUAGGAUGUCUCCAUGUCUUGUUCUGUUACUACCAUAUGAUUACAAUGAUAAGUUAUUCUAGUGAUAUGGUUAUCCCCAGGUUGCGUUUCUAAAUUGUCAAGUGUUUGCUAAAGCUAUGGAGGAUUGGUCCAGCAAAAUAAAACAUGGAUGAAUCAUACAACUAUAGUAUCUAUGACUACCUGACCUUACUCUCUCUCUCUCUCUCUCUCCCUACCUCCCUCCCUCCCUCUCUGUCUUUCUUUCUUUCUCUCUCUCUCCCUUUGUCACUGCCAGAAUUCCCUCCUUGUUUUGAAAGUAUAAUUAUAUCUCGCCAAACUAAAACUAAUACUGCAUACACACACACAGAGCAGUGAUGGCAUCGGACUGUGUCUGUAUAAAUGUAGAAUCUUGGUGUGUAAGUAGAAUUUAUUCUGGCCCUGUUGUGAAUGAGACUGCUAGUGUUUUCCAGGAGGUUGUACCUCUUGCCAAAUGAACAGGAGGCUGUAGGAUGGAAAGAGAAAAACACCAUUGUUAAGUGUAUAGGCACUAGGCAGGAGUAAAGAAAUGUGGACAUAGCCUGGAUGUCAGUCUUGCAGUUUUACUGCUUCAGCCAAUGAUGAUCGCUAUGAUGUUUGGUAUGGCAGCAGGGAAGGAGUUGACUAAAGCAGCACAAUAUCUGGCUCCCAGGCUAGGGAGAAUCAGUAGCAGUGAGUGGGUAAAAUCAAUGGGGAAGCCAAGACAGAAAAAUAAAAGCCAUAUUACAACCUA